AUCAUAUGUUACACACACAAUUAAAUCUUAUUAGUCGGUGACUGUGAGCCAAGAAUGAAAUCAAAUCAAUUUGUAAGCUUGAUCAUUGCAUUCAGCUUGAUAAAUUCAGUUAUUUCCAAUACUUUCUUGGUUGAAACUGAGGAUGCUACUGAAAAGCCCAAUGUGAAAACGUCUGGAAAGGAUUACUAUUUUGGAGGAGCCCCACGGCCUCCUCCUCUGGUACCUGCUCCUGUACCUGCUGCUCCGACACCUGCUCCAGUAACUGCUGCUCCGGCACCUCCUUCUACACCUGUUCCUGUAGAGUAUCCAGCAUAUUCAGCAUAUUCAGCAUAUUCUGCUUCAGAAUAUGAAGAAGAUACUGCUCCAAUAGAAUAUGAUGAAGAUGCUGCUACUAUAGAAUAUGAUGGAGAUACUGCUUCUAGUUCUAUAGAAUAUGAUGAAGAUACUGCUUCUAAAUAUUCAAAAGGAUCAAAACGUUCUGAAACUAGUUCGAAGGGAUCUAAAGGAUCAAAAAAAACUGAAACUAAUUCUAAAGGAUCAAAACGUACUGAUACUAGUUCAAGAGGAUCUAAAGGAUCAAAAGGUACUGAAACUAGUUCAAGAGGAUCUAAAGGAUCAAAACGUACUGAAACAAACUCAAGGGAUUCUACAGAAUCAAAACGUGCUGAAACUAACUCAAGGGAUUCUACAGGAUCUAAGCGUACUGAAACUAAUUCAAGUGGAUCUAAAGGUUCAAAACUUACUGAAACUAAUUCAAGAGGAUCUAAAGGAUCAAAAGGUACUGAUACUAGUUCAAGAGGAUCUAAAGGAUCAAAACGUACUGAAACUAACUCAAGGGAUUCUACAGAAUCAAAACGUACUGAAACUAACUCAAGGGAUUCUACAGGAUCAAAACGUGAUGAAACUAAUUCAAGUAAAUCUAAUGGAUCAAAACGUACUGAAUCUAACUCCAAAGGAUCUAAGGGAUCAAAAGGUACUGAAUUUUAUUCAAAGGGAUCUAAAGGAUCAACACGUACUGAAACUAAUUCAACGGGAUCCAAAGGAUCAAAACGUACUGAAACUAAUUCAAGGGGUUCUAAAGGAUCGAAAGGCUCUGAAACUAGUUCAAGAGAUUCUAAAGAAUCAAAACGCUCUGCUUCAUGGGAAGCAAGAAAUGGCCAUGACAAUGAUUCCCAGGAAGGAAGUAACGACAAUGAUGAAGAUGCCAGUAAUGGUGAUAACAAUGAUGAUGCUGAGCAUGGAUAUACUGGAGGAGAAGAUUACAGUGCCACACCAGGGGAAAAGGCUCAACCUCUGCUUAAUAUUGCAAAUACUGAAGGAUAUUCCUCCCCAUUAAGCCCGGCAAUUUCAAAGCUCUGUGAAGAUACUGCUUACAAGUCCUGCAAGGCUGCCACUAUUAACAAGGAUGUUCUGGGCUUGGACUGUUUUCUUCUUCCUGGAAAUGUUGAAGUUAAACUUAUUGAGGAAAAAAACAACACAUACAACUAUGGUGCAAACGGAACACAUUUUUUUGGAGCUUUUGAUCCCAAAACGGGAGCAUUAAAAGGAAACGCAAAUUUCCCUGAUGGCAGUUUGUUUACUUUGGACUUUGUAGAGGGCAAGGAUCAUGUGUGGAGAGAAGUAGAUUUAGAAACAGGGAAGGAGAAACCAGUGGGAUAUGGAGACCCUCAUCCUACACCUAGUGGGUAUGGUAAACCUGUAACUAGCGCCACUACAGCAACAAUUGCAGGUUAUGAAGUCACAACUCCUCGUGGCUAUGGAGAAAAAAUAGGAUACAACUAAUCAAAACUCUGGACUACAAAUACUUUGAAAACCAGUUUUUUGUUUAUAAAUAUUAUCCAACCUAUAACAUCAUA